AUGAGGGAGUGCUAUCCCCUCCCCGCUUUGACUGGAGAGGCUGGAACAGAGGCUGGUAUCUCCCUCUUCCAGGGUGAUAUGGCUGAGAUGCAAAAUAUUUGUACAGCCCGAAAUGAUCCACUGACCAAGAAAAGGGAAGUGUUCUUGAUGAAGCUGUUGCCAUGUCAUCCACCUGUGUUACGGGAAUGGUACUUACGGCAAUUCAGCCACCCCACCAGCUGGUACCCUGCCCGUACCAGUCUUGUGCGCACUCUAUCCGUCAUGUCCAUCGUGGGGUUCAUGCUGGGACUGGGUGACCGUCAUGGUGAGAACAUCUUACUGGACUCUACCUGUGGUGACAUAGUCCAUGUUGACUUCAAUUGUCUCUUCAAUAAGGGUGAGCGAUUUGAUUGGCCAGAACGAGUUCCAUUUCGGUUGACACAUAAUUUGGUGAACGCCAUGGGACCUACUGGAGUGGAGGGACUGUAUCGUCACUCUUGCGAGAUCACAACACGAGUCAUGAGACAGCAAAUAGAUCAGCUCAUGUCAGUCGUACGACCAUUCUGUUAUGAUCCUCUUGUCUCUUGGAAUACCGACAAGAAUGCUCGUGAUGAGAAUGCUGAGAUGACCAAUGAGAAGGCAUUGGAAGAUAUCCAGAACAUCGAAUCAAGACUGCAAGGAAUCGUCCGAACUCGUAAUAGAGCUCAAUCAAUUCCAUUGUCAGUUGAGGGACAAGUGCGCACUCUUAUUGCUGAAGCCACAAACAUUGACAAUUUGUGUCAGAUGUACAUUGGCUGGGGACCGUAUCUGUGAUGUCGACCUCUACAGUAUUCGUUUAUUCUCAAAAUAGUAAACCCUUAGAAUUAAUAGCUAAAGUCCAACACAUUUUUGUAAGCAUGUUAUUGCUGAAUUGGUAACUGCUAAUAUUUAUUUUGUACAAGAAUUAUACUGUUAUAGGAUUAUUUAAUGUUAUGCAUAUGUACAAAUGUGAAAUACAACUGUAUAUUUUACUAUAAGUAAACAGUGUUAAAAUUAUAUUUUUUUAUUAAAUAUACUAUUGUUAUUUGUAUGAAAUUGUA